CGGCGCACCCGCGGCGCGCAGGGGGGGGCGGGGACGACGGGGCGGCCGCGGCCCGCCCCCCCCGCGCGGCCGAGCUGCCGCCCCCCGCGCGGCCCGGCGGCGGAGCACAGGAGAGCGCGCCCCAGCCGCCCCGGCCGCCCCUGCGGCCGGCGGGCAGUCCGCGGGCGCCGCCGCCACCGCCCAGGGAGGCAGCCGCGCCGAGGCCGCCGUGCCGCGGGAGGCCCCGCCUCGUCCGCCCCGGCCGCGGCCAUGGCGGACAAAGGCGCCGAUGCCUCGGAGGCCUUCGAGUCCAGCGCCUUCGAGGCGCUGGAGAAGGACUUCCAG